AUGGGCGUCGAAUCGGCGCAGCCAACCCCCGCCGCCACCGCCGAGCAGGCCCAGGAUCUCAUCGACGCCGCGAGGUACGACGAGCUGGAAGACGUCGUCGCCCUCUUCUCCGCCGGUGUCCCCCUCGACUCCGCAGAUUCGCAAGGCCGGACGGCUCUUCAUAUGGCUUCUGCCAAUGGGCAUCUUGCUGUGGUGGAGUACUUGAUUCAAAAUGGAGCGAAUGUUAACUCUACAAACUUGGAGAAGAACACGCCUCUCCACUGGGCAUGCCUCAAUGGACAUACAGAGGUAAUCAAGGCUUUGAUAUGUGCUGGGGCUAUCGUAAGUGUACUGAACAGCCAUGAGAAAACCCCUAUGGAUGAGGCACUGACUCUCGGAAAGAUGGAAGUGGUCGAUGCAAUCGGUGCAGCAGUAGCUCAAGCAGAGCUCAAUGGUGUUACUGUCUCCUAA